AUGGAUAGAGAGGAAUUCACCAGUAUAAAAGAGAAGAAAAUUUUCCCAGAGAUACUGACGUUUGUAUCCUUGUUUUUCAUGACAUUUGUACAGUAUGGAGAGAUGAAUCAUCUAAUGGUUAUCUAUGCUACCAAAUUUCUUGUAUUUACAAACUUUUUUUACCACGUGGGAUCCUCUAUUUGGAGGAUCUUUACCUAUAUCCAAGAAAGAAGAUCCCUUAUAAAUGGAGUGUUUAGCAUCAGAAAUAUGCUAGAAGUUGCAAUGAUGUGCUUUCUGGUAUUGUACUUUAGAAAGGUUGUUACUGACCCCCAAGAGGGAAAAAUAGAUAGGUAUGUGAUUGUUGUAUCGAUGGGAUAUCUUCUGUCGAAGGUUAAUGAGGUAUUGGACUAUUCUACUAUACAGAAGCAUUGCUCUAAGAUGCUUUUUUCAUCCGUGGUUGUUCUAAUCAUUGGAAUUGCGUUUAUAACAGAUUUCUGGAAUGAUGGCACGGAAGGUGUCUACACAGAGAUUGCUUAUGUGAUAGGUGUUUUUCUGUCAAUUUUUGAACUAGCUGUUGAAGGAAGAGUUGUGGAGAGAUCUUUGCUUAGACGCAGGAGCUUUUCAAUAUUUAUGGCUCUUUUGCUUAUAUGUGCUAUAUCCUUUCCUGUUAUCUGUCCUGUCAUGAUAAAGUGGAGUGAUUUGUUUGUUGGAUGGAUCAAGAUUAAGAUAAUUGGAUUGAUUAAGCCGCAGCUUAUCAAGAUAAAGGACAGGGUUCUUAGUCUGUCGAAAGAACAGAUCAAGGUCUUUGUUUCUGAAUACGUAAGGAAGAUAUUAGAGGAGUACCUUCCCAACUUCAAAGAUGCUGUUAGGCGUAAGGUUGGGGCCUACGUGCCAGAAAAAAUAAGUGGUAUUCCAAGCUCUGUACUUAAAUGGUGGAAAAGUUCAGACGUGCAGCCCCCUUUGAAUGAGUUUGAUUAA